GCGGCGGGCGGCCUGCACCUGCUGCCCUGGGCCCGCGGCGAGCCAGGCGCUGCCGAGCCCUCUGCCUGCCUGGAAGCGGCCACCCGCCCCUGGCGCAGCCUGCGGGAGCGCGGGGAGGCUGUACCGCUGGGCCCUGGAGUGCCGGCCCUGGUGGCCAACGGCUUUCUGGCCCUAGACGUGGCCGCCAACCGACUGUGGGUGACCCCUGGGGAGCGGGAGCCCGCUGUGGCGCCGGACUUCUUGCCCUUCGUGCAGUUACGCCCGCUAAGCGCCCUGGCCGAAGCUGGAGAGGCAGUGCUGCUGCUGCGGGAGGGGCUGCUGCGCCGGGUGCGUUGCCUGCAGCUCGGGACCCCGGGACCCGGCCCUGCGGCCGCCGUCCCUGGACCGGCCUCGGCCUCCGGCCUUGCCACGGGGUCCGGCCGUGACUGCGUGCUACUGCAAGAGGACUUUCUGGCUCACCGGGGCCGACCCCACGUCUAUCUGCAGCGCAUCCAGCUCAACAACCCCACUGAGCGCGUGGCCGCGCUGCAGACUGUGGGGCCCACUGCAGGCCCGGUCCCCAAGGCCUUCACCAGUACGCUGGAGAAGGUCGGAGACCAUCAAUUUCUCCUCUACUCGGGUCGAUCCCCGCCUCUUCCCACGGGGCUGGUGCACCUGGUGGUGGUGGCUGCCAAGAAGCUAGUGAACCGGCUCCAGGUGGCUCCCAAGACACAGCUGGAUGAGACCAUGCUGUGGGUAGUACAUGUCUCCAACCCCAUUAACCCCCAGGUGCUCAAAAGCAAAGUAGCCAAGGAGCUCAAGGUGCUCCAGGACUUGGCACGGAAGGAAAUGCUGGAGCUCUUGGAGAUGCCAGCAGCUGAGCUACUUCAGGACCACCAGCGCCUCUGGGCUCAGCUCUUCAGCCCAGGAGUGGAAAUGAAGAAGAUCACGGAUGCCCACACACCAUCUGGCCUGACUGUGAACUUGACGCUGUACUACAUGCUCUCCUGCUCACCAGCCCCACUGCUCAGCCCUUCCCUGAGCCACAGGGAGCGAGACCAGAUGGAGUCAACUCUCAACUACGAAGAUCACUGCUUCAGUGGCCAUGCCACCAUGCACGCUGAGAAUCUCUGGCCGGGGCAGCUGUCCUCCGUCCAGCAGAUCCUGCAGCUCUCUGACCUGUGGAAGCUGACCCUCCAGAAGCGUGGCUGCAAGGGGCUGGUGAAGGUGGGUGCUCCAGGCAUCUUGCAGGGCAUGGUGCUUAGCUUCGGGGGUUUGCAGUUCACAGAGAACCACCUCCAGUUCCAGGCUGACCCCGAUGUACUGCACAACAGCUAUGCGCUGCACGGCAUCCGCUACAAGAACGACCACAUCAACCUGGCCGUGCUUGCGGAUGCUGAAGGCAAGCCCUACCUGCAUGUGUCCAUGGAGUCCCGCGGCCAGCCUGUCAAGAUCUACGCCUGCGAGGCGGGCUGCAUGGAUGAACCCGUGGAGCUGACCUCGGCGCCCGAGGGCCACACCUUCUCGGUCAUGGUGACGCAGCCCAUCACACCGCUGCUGUACAUCUCCACCGACCUUAUGCACCUGCAGGACCUGCGGCACACGCUGCACCUCAAGGCCAUCCUGGCCCACGAUGAGCACAUGGCCCAGCAAGACCCCGGGCUGCCUUUCCUCUUCUGGUUCAGUGUGGCCUCCCUCAUCACCCUCUUCCACCUCUUCCUCUUCAAGCUCAUCUACAACGAGUACUGUGGGCCCGGAGCCAAGCCCCUCUUCAGGAGUAAGGAAGAUCCCAGUGUCUGAGUGAACCAACAGUCCUGCUUUCAGCCAUGGUUUGCACAAGACACCCAGUGCUGAAUGUCCCGCUGCUACGAAUGAGGGAUCCUUCGGAAGCACCCACCCUUUGUGCCUUGUUGGGGGAAACCAGCCACGCGGAAGCAUGUGUGGAUACCUGAGGGUCUGCAUUGGAAGGAAGGAGAGCCACGCGGGCAGUGGGGAGGGGAGGGGCCCGUGGACUUUUUGUAAGCUUUCCACUCAAUAAAAUGAACCUAAAUGGAAAAUACUUGACAUUGAACUCACUCCUUCCACUUUCCCCUGUCUUCUGUCCCAGGAAAUAGACCCUCUUUUGAAGACUCUUGUCUAGGAAAAAUUGUGUUCUUUUCCUAAUUUAAUGUGUUCUUUCUUGAAUGAAUUUUUAAUUUAUUUUUGUUGAGAUUCUGCUGGAUGGCUUUCGCAUCCACUUUAGGUAGUGAGUCUUGAUGGUGACAUUCAAUCUAAGAGGCCUCAGUGGCAUUUGGAGACCCUGCACGGUCCUGUGGCCAGGCCUGGGCCCCCAGGGCAGCUGAAGUGCCUGUGUGGAGGGUGCAGGUCAUGCUGUCAUCCCCAAGUUUGCUCUUUCUUAUGACCCUGUGGAGAUCUGUGGUUUUGUACUUUGGGGCUUUGGGGGAGGUGUUUAACUUUCUAGUGAUUGGUGAUUGUUAGGUUUUGAAAUACCAAAGUCUUUUUCUGUUUUUAAAUAAAUAUCUUUCAAACUUC